CCUUGACUCCUCUCCCCAUCCCCUCUCCCCUUCCUUGCGCCUACUCCAGCCGCACUCUCCCGCCGGCGCGGAUCCUCUGCCGUCGGACGUGCCCCUGAGCGCCCUUCCCUGCCUUCGGUACGCGCGCACCCACGACGGAGCCGAGGCUCGGCCCGAUCGCUGCCAGCCAGCACAGAGUGCCCGCCGCCGUGCCGAGCCGUCGGGCGCACGCCACUUUUGCCGCCGUCGACGGCCUUCUCUUGCGCCCUUCCCCGAGGCACGCGCUCUCGCAGCGCUGCCCGACAUCUCCUCUACGUCCACUCCUCGCUCGUUCCGGCCCGCUCCUCUUUCGCUGCUGUUUCUCUCGAGCAUGCCUGCACCGCGCACAUCCUCCAUCUCCUUCUAGUUCCUCUCUGCCGGCUGCCUGCGCGUCUCUGACUCGGUCUGCAAAGGCUGCGCGACGCCUCUGCGUUGCCAGGCUUCGCCUAGGCGCCAGCCAUGGACCACCCGGUCUCUUACCAGCCGGCGCCGCGCACCGCGUCGACAUCGGCCGCCGCGCGCAUCUCCUCCUUCUUCCAGAGUCCGCUGCGCAAGUCCGCCUCCAAGGGCGACCUGUCCUCGGCCUCGCGCUUCCGUAGCGCAGCCAGGCCUGGCUCUUCUGGCUCAGGCUCUGCGCCAACUUCGGCCAGCGCCUUUGCCGCCUCAAUCGGCGCAUCACGCUCCUUCCAUACUGCUGGCCACGGCCCGUCAUCGAGCGGCGGCUCUCAAAAUCCGUCAUACCGCGUGCCGCCGCCGCGAGAGCCGCACGACUACGCAGACUUCUACGUGCCGUACCAUGGACCCAUCUCGCCGCGUCCAGGAGGCGGAGCAGCACAGUUCGAGGUGCUCGAGCUGGACCAGGGCUCGCCGAGACGCGGGCCAGCACUGCCGCCCAAGGAUGAUCGGCCUGCAGGUCGUCUCGGCGGGCCAUACGGCAAGUCUGCGCGGCACUCGCGGACCAGCUCUGCAGGCACGCCGCAGAAAGGUGCGCUUCGCAGUGACGGCUUCGGCGUCGAAGGGCUCGGCAUCGGCAAUGCGCCGUCGCUGCCGCCCGGGGCGGCUGGACGGACGUCGGAGCUGCAGCGAGGCGAUCUGGGCCGCAGCGACGACGCCAACGAGCGGCUUGAGCGCUUCUUCCAGCACGGCGCCGCGAGCGGCGACCGGACCGGCAGCCCAACGGACCGCUUCCGUCCGGCGCUUGGCUUCGGCCUGCCCACAGCGUAUGUCCAUGGCGGCAACACGCCGAGACUGUGCGACUCGCCGCCGACGCGCAUGGGCCACAUUUCUGGCCUGCCCAGUCUGAUGAGAGCCGACUACCAGGAGACCGAGCUGCGCCGACGCGAUGGCACGGCGAUGCAGUCUUCGUCGUCGCAGCCGCACCUACAGCAGCCGUUCUCCUACCGUGGUGCCGCAGCCGUGCCGCGUGCGCACGGCAAUGCGCCUCCUACCUCGGUCCCAUCGUCCGACCAGGACGACUCCCCGACGCUGCCUUCGGACCGCUUCACGCCAGAGCGGCGCACCGUCGGUCUUGCACCUUCCAUCUCGUCAAACGAAGGAGGCAGCGCCGGCUGGACGUCCGCCUUCGAGGGCGGCAAUCGCAGUGCGGCCACGUCCAUGACGAGUUUGCGGGCGCCUUCGAUGGCUGCGCACGGCUCGCUGCAAGGACAGCCCAAGCGCCUGCUCUCGCAGUCGUCAGGCGACGCGCUUGCUUCUGGCCCAGCCUCGCGCCCGAGAGCGCGCACAGCUAGCUCGUCGGACGUGCGUGCGCGCGCUGCCCAGGUCAUCGGACCGCACGAGGCUCCAGCACGCGUUGCACCUCCCGCUGUGGCAGGGCGAGGACAGCCGACAGCACCUGCCGCUCAAGUCACGCCGCCCACGAUGUGGCAGCAAGGCGCGCCGCUGCUGUCGCCCAUCGCCGCCUCGACGCUCGGCGAGUCAUCUUCUCCCGGCCCGUCUUCGCAGCACCAGCGGCCUUCGUCGCGGCCUGAAGAGGUCGUUGCGGCAUCAGAGCUGCGCGAUCUGGUCCUGACGGCAGAGGCGCGCAAGAAGUACCGCCUACUGCAGCAGCUGCACCUGGACGAGGCGAAUGCUCACGCGCCAGAGCACGGCUGGUACGACGCCAACAGCGGCUGCGAGCGCGUGCUCAUGCCUCGCCCGAAGCUCAAGAACCGCACUUCCAUCGACGGCAGCAGCGACACGCACAGCCGCCGCUCCACGUAUGCCUCUGUCGAGCGCAACCGCCCACGGCCGCGAGACUCGGACCCGAAGACGCAGCAUCUGCGCAGGAAGACCGAAAGCAACCCGGACAUUGCUGCGCAGGCACUUGCCCAGGAACGGCUGGCACACAAUGCCGCCUCGGUGCCGACACGGCGCAGAGCGCAUACCGACGCCAGUCCUCCGUUGGUGCAGGCGCCGUUCUUCCAUCACCGCGCAGCCCCGCUGCCGCCGCCUGCGUUUCCUCCACAAGACGACCGAGCUUGCUCGCCCAUGCGCAGCUGCCAUCCACGAGCGAGCGGCACGAUCGAGGUCGACGGCGCUCAUGUCUGGCCGCGCAAGACGCCCACGCCGACGUCUGCCGGCAUGCUCGUCAACCCUCUGGAGGCCUCACCUGACCUCGAGACCGUCAUUGCACAGGGCAUCGCACUCGACCGCGACCGUGAGCAGUGGCGGCGCGAGUACGCACGCAGCAUUGGCGGCCACGAGCACCGACGCUCGCGCAGCCAGGAUCGGCGCUCAAGCAGCAGCUCGACGCGGCCUCGCAACCGGCGCUUCCACUGGGAUCAGAGCGAGCCGCUGCCCGCCGAUGCCGGCUCCGUCGCUCAACGCGGCACGCUGGAGCUGCCGAGAAGCAGCACAGCGCAGCCGCCACGGCAGCGCACGCUGCGUUACGUUCGCAGCUCGCCGCAGCUGGGCGAGAAGGAGCGCGAGCGCUUCGAGCCUCGUGCGCCCAGUCCGCCUAGCCCCGUGCCGACGAGCUUCCAGGCCCUCUCGCCAUUCCGUGGUGGACGCAAGCGCGCUCAGAGCAUGGGCGACGACGGACGCAACAAGCAGCGCGACAGCGGCUGGAGCGGCGUCUUCCGAAAGCGUCGCUCCCGCGCCCCAACUCCCUCCUCGCCUGUUCUUGGCUCGCCGCGCACUGACCGCGACCACAGCCGCGUGGUGUCCGCAAGUCUAGCAACGCAGCGGCGCAUGCGCAACAGCGCGUCGUGGGACAAGGCUGUCGUUGCAGCCGAGCAGCCGUUGCACAUCCACGCCAGCCGCCGGCAGAGCUGGCGCCCGUCCUCGUCCGUCGGCGGCCGCUCGACUCCAGCGCAGGACCGUGCCGAUCGCACAGUGCGGGCGCAGCUCGUCUUUGACGAGCCAGUGAUCAUCGGCCGCCAGCCUGGCUUCGACGGCCGCGCGGAAGAGCCGUCGUCCACUGGCCUCACUCGCAGUGCCUCGGACUCGUCUGGCGUGUUCCGCUUCCCUUCGAGCGGCCCUGCGCCGUCGACGCCGGGCACGUCAUACGGCGUCGCGUUCAGCUCGCCACGGCCCGACAUUUCGGACAACCCGACGCCGCUGAUGGCGCCGCUUCGCACCGGCGCGCACCCCACGUCACCGACCUACCACCGCCCGAAGAACAGCGCCGACCUGCGCACGUUGCUCGCCGAGGCAGGCGCGCAGCGUGCAUCGACGGAGCCCGCGCACUCCCGCUCCGGCUCGGGCAACGUCAAGCGCGCCUCGCACGAGCAGCAUGAGGAGGUCAGACGCCUCUCGCAGUCGUCGCCGCCGCUGGCGCCGAAGCGCACCAGCAGUCUGGGCCGGCGUGCCGCUGCAGCCAUGGCAGCAGAGGUGCGCGUGCGCAAGGCCUCGCAGUCGACGCCAGCCUCCGCAGGCCCGAGCGGCGAGACGCCCAAGCUGGCGCCAGCUCUCUUCCUGCCGCCGCAGUCUCCGACCUUGCCCGUCGACACCACCAUCGCGGACUCGCCAUUCCCUAAUCAGUCGCUGCCGGUGCCGCCGCGCAAGGUCAAGUCGAGCUCGAGCAGCAUGGACAGUCGUACGCCCGAGCCAGCGAGCAUGCCGACGUUCGAGUCGGGCACCUUCGGCACGCCGUACGUCGACGCCGGCGCCGCAGCGGCCACGAGCUACGCGGCUGCGCCCAUCUCGACACCGACGCUCGGCACCUCUGCGUCGCGCCAGGCGAACGCGUCGUACUUCGCCGAGGCGCGAGGUACGCCGCCUCAAGUCGUUCGCUCGCCUUUGGCCGGCACGCAGCGUACGCCGCGCCAGAACACGUCGCCGCACAGCCGCUGGUCGCCGAGCUCAGCGCAGCGGUCGCCUCGGUCUCGCGGUCUCGACCCCAACGUCGCGGCUCGGCGACACCGCGCGGGCCUGUCUGCCUCGUCGUCCGACUCGAGCCACUCGAACCGCAGCCACCUGCCGCACGAGCUCUGGACCGCCGACGACGACCCGGAUGCGUUUUCGCAGCUCUUCCUGCGCCGGCAGCCGGAGCACGAGGCCAUGCUCGGCGUCGUCGUGCCGCGCGAACGGGCAGUCAGCGCAUCGUCGCAGGGCGCCGAGAGUGGGCACUGCGACGUCUCGCCGACGCGGCCGCGCGCGGACUCGGAGCGCUCGAAGGCCGACAGCGAGCUGCAGGAGGGCAUUGCCACGCCGCAGCAGGCCUUGCUGCGCACGCCGCGCCUGGGCGACCGCAGCGUCAGCCCGCGCUCGCCUUUCUACUCCAGCGGCGACGAGGCGCAGGAGACGACGUUCAUGGCGCAAAUGACGCCGGGCGAGCGCUACCGGGCCGCUCUCGGCGUGCGCCGCGACAGCGACACUGUCUCGACGCUUGUGCAGCACUACCUCUCGCCCGAAGCGCGGGCUCGCUUGUCUCCUUCUACGACGCCUUUUGCAGACAACAGCAAGCUCUCGUCUCCGGCGCGUCUGGGGCGCGUCAGCGCGGAGCUGCCGCCUGCGCGCCGGGUCCUUCAGACGCAGCGCAGCCUCAACGCGCUCGAUGCGCACAAGAGCCCUUCUCCUGAGCUCCUCACGCCGUCGGCCACCAUCGACUUUGACGACUACGUGGCGCCGCGCAGCAGCAGCGACCAGCUCGCUUCUGCGCGCCGCUCUUCGUUCCUCGCGCCGCCGUCGCCACGUCGCGGCAGCGUCGGCGAGGACGACGGGCGCGUGUCGAUGGACAGCAUGGGCAGCUACGGCGUGAGCCCCUUUGUGCGGCCGCAGGUGUGGCCCGAUCCGCCGAGAAGCCCCGGCGGAGCGCGCGUCUUCCCGUGAGCUGAGCAAUCGCUCAGCGUGCUACCCCAUCCCACCACCUUCUCUUCCUUGCCUCGUUCAUACCUUGUGUUCCACCCGCCCGUCACCGUGCUCUCCUCGCCUUCGCCUUCACCUCGCUGCCCAUUCGCUGCUCUAUUACCCGAUCUCCUCCCACUACACCCUCCCUUGGCGCACCCGAUCCUGCUCUGCAAACCCCACUGCAUCUGCUCGCCCAGCCUAAUCUAUGCUGCCGCGCGGGCCCUUGGCCGCUGCAGACUUUUCAG